AUCAUCUACCGUUAUUCGGAGAACAUGUUUUGGUGGUACUCAGUGGUUUGUGAGACGUUUGUCAGAAAAGUUUGAAGAUAAAUUACUAAGCGCUGAUUCAUACUACUCGAGUACUAAUCCACGUGUAAUUGUCAAUUUGUACAUAACGAAAUUCCAACAAAAAAAGGACGAAAAAAAAUCAAAAUCUGAUUGUUACUGAAUCAAAUUAAAAACAUUAUUUGGUUUCGGGAUGACAUUCAUUUUUGACAAUCAGCUGUCGUUGAAAUAAGCCAAAACUUUUUUCCGCUGCAUUUACUGAACAGACCCUCGAUUCAAAGGUGUCAAAUACAACGUGCGAUAGAAAUACAAAUCUAGCAAACAAUAUGAUUGUGAAAUUCGUUUUAAGAUUUUAAAUAGACUUUUCAUUUAAUUUGUAAAAUAAAAUGGGACAACUUGAAUGUUGAAUUGGUUUUGAAUUUAUGGAGCCGUAGAGUGAACAUGAUAAACUACUGCAAUAAGUUGAUUUUAGCGCCGAUGGUGCGAGGAAGCAGGCUUCCAACCAGACUAUUGGCAUUGAAAUAUGGAGCGGAUUUAGUUUAUACCGACGAAUUAAUCGAUCUCAGCUUGCUGAUGUCCAAGAGGAAGGUUAAUGAAAUUCUCGGCACAGUGGAUUUUGUAAAUGAAGCGAAUGGAUACUGUACGUUUCGAACGAGUCCUGAAGAAAAAGACCGACUGAUUUUCCAAAUGGGAACAGCAAAUGCAGAGAGAGCGGUUGCCCUGGCAAAAAUGGUACAGAAUGACGUCUCAGCCAUCGAUGUAAAUAUGGGCUGUCCAAAACCAUACAGUACCGACUUUGGAAUGGGCGCUAAACUACUGUUAAAUCCAGACAAUGCUAAGAAUAUUCUCACACAAUUAGUGAAAAAUAUUCCGCUUCCCAUCACAUGCAAAAUUAGAGUAUUCAACAAUAUUGAGGAAUCGAUCAAGUUGGCAAAAGAGUUUGAAAGUACCGGUAUUAGUGCGAUAGCAGUUCAUGGAAGGACCAAAUCGCAAAAAUCGAGUGAACCAGUGAAUAAAGAUGCUAUUCGACAAAUUGCUGCAGAAUUGAAAAUUCCAGUCAUUGCAAACGGUGGAUCAGAUGACAUUGAAUCCUACGAAGACAUUGAAAAGUUUCGAUCUGACUGUGGUGCAUCGAGUGUGAUGAUUGCGAGAGGAGCUCAGAAAAAUGUUAGCAUUUUUCGCAAAGAAGGAUUGCUAUCAAUCGAUGAUGUGGCUCAUGACUAUUUGAAAUACUGUGUCGAUUAUGAUAAUUCGGUAGCAAACACGAAAUACGUGCUAGGCAAAAUGUACAACUUAAAUGAUGAUAAACUACAGAAGAAGAAAUUCGGACGAGAGGUCGAAGAUGCAGAAAAACUUGAGCAAAUAUGUCGACCUUGGAGAUUGAGAGAAUAUUGCCGAAAAGUGCACGGAGAAUACGAAGCCAAAGGACUCGUGCAUUUGCCAUGCUCUCCAAAAACACGAUUGGAAGAUAUGCCAACCGAAAUUCUUGAUUUUCGAAAACGAAUGUACGAAGAUCAAAACAUUACAUUCACUCUGAUGCGAUUCCAAAGAAAAUAUUUCGGAUUGGAAACCCUUCCAAAAGUGUUGAUUUAUGGCUAUGCUGGACGAAACAAAUUACCGAUACCAACCUACGAAACGAAACGUGAAGAUCGUCUCUUCUAUUCGAUUGUCACUUUUAAUGGGCAAAAGUUUGCUUCAUUGAUUUGGGAUCGAGAGAAAAAGUUUGCCGAACAAGCGGCCGCUCUUGUCGUCUGUCAUCAUUUAGGCUUAUUUGAAGAACAUUUUCUGAUUGUAAUUGGUUGUUUAUUGGACAAAUUGCCGGACGAUCAAGUACAACUGCUGAGAGCUGAUUCGUAUUAGUUAGAAAUAUAAUGAAAGAGUAAAAUAAAUUUGUUCAUAUUUUUUACGAUAAUAAUAUCGAUUCAAUUGAAAACAAAAUAAAA